AUGUUUGUUAAAACCCUUGCCCUCUGCUUUUUGGCUUUAGCGUUUCCUGCUAAAUCCAAUGAAGCUAAUGAAAGUAUCGUGAAUGCUACAGCACGUUCCCGAAAUAAGCGUCUUGCUCUUCAUCCCUCUCACCUCUGGCCGGGAGGAGUAGUCCCAUAUGAUAUUGCUUCACAUUAUACUGAGUGGGAACGAAGCGUCAUCCUAUCUGGGAUGGCUGAAUUUCCCAAACAUACUUGCAUAACAUUCCGACCUCGAACACCAAGUGAUCAAUAUUACUUGGCAAUUAACAAGUACUAUGACUUAGAAAGAUGUUUCUCUUAUAUUGGCCGUCAGACGGCAUCGAUGUUCCAAACAGCUGAUGGAAAGACUGAAACACGAAUGAAACUCGAUCCGAGUUGUCUUCGUUUCAACGGUCGAGGUACAGUCAUGCACGAAUUAAUGCAUAUUCUCGGCUUCUAUCAUGAACAUCAAAGAGACGAUCGUGAUCCGCGAGUAACCGGAAGCGCUACACAUUACAAUUACAAAGUCUAUCCAAGGGGUAGCACGUACUACAUGGGUGCAUAUGAUCCGCAAUCGAUUAUGCACUACAACUUCCCAGGGAUCGUCUAUCCAAGGACAUACUUCAGCCCGAGCGACAUUCUUCGCAUUAACACCUUAUAUAGGUGCUCGCAGGUGAAGGCUACUUUCAAGAAGGCGUCGCUACAAGAGCGUCACUUCUCAAAAAGGAAGAGUCGUUUGUAG